CGGCGCUUCCAUUGGCUGCGGUGGCGAGGCCACUGCCCCUAACCCUGCAGGGGCGGCUUGGGCGAUGAAUGAAGCGCGAGUGGGCUGCGCGCGAGGGCCAGAGCGCAGGGCGCAGCGCGGCGGCGGGGUUCGCGGGAAGGGUGCUGUUACUGAGUCCUCUCUAUUACAGAAGCCUUCUGACUGAGCCUAAUUCCCAGGAUACACCCAGUGACAAGACACUUUCUCAGCCGCCUCUGCCGCAUCUCACCUCCUGUGCUGCCAAAGCCCUCCUCACGAGGCUGGAGAUGCCCCAACACGCCAUGGGGGACAAGCAUCUCCUCUCCCUCCCGAAGCUCCUCCUCACCAGCCCGUCCUCAGGCACAGACAGCGGGUGCGACACCCCACCCAGCAGCAGAGCGUCCCCGGCCUCUCUGCGCACUGCCCACGGACCCCUGGGCUCCUCCAGCCAACCCCUGUUUGAGCCCCAGGUGGAGAAGAGGAGUCCCCAGACAGCCCGUGAGGUGCAGUACGUGUCUGCGGGGUCACAGAGCACACGGUGCGGCUGGCAAGCCUUCACUCCCGAGUGCCUGCAGGUCUUCAACACCCCCAAGGGCUUCCUGUUCUUCCUGUGUGCAGCCUCCUUCCUUCAGGGCAUGACAGUGAAUGGCUUUAUCAAUACUGUCAUCACCUCCAUUGAGCGUCGCUUCAAUCUGCACAGCUACCAGAGUGGGCUCAUCGCCAGCUCCUAUGACAUUGCUGCCUGCCUUUGCCUCACCUUUGUCAGCUACUUCGGGGGCAAUGGGCACAAACCACGCUGGCUGGGCUGGGGCGUGCUGGUCCUGGGAAUUGGUUCCCUGGUGUUUGCACUGCCCCAUUUCACUGCCGGCCACUAUGAGGUAGAGAUGGAUGACGGGGUGGGGACAGGGACAUGCCUGGCCAAUCGCAGUCACGUGGAGUGUAAGGACAGUACUUCAGGCCUGUCCAGCUACCGGCUGAUCUUCAUGCUGGGCCAGCUCCUACACGGCAUGGGUGCCACACCCCUCUACACACUGGGUGUCACCUACCUGGAUGAGAAUGUCAAGUCAAGCUAUUCACCCAUCUAUAUUGCCAUCUUUUACACGGCAGCCAUCCUUGGACCUGCGGCAGGCUACCUGAUUGGAGGAGCCAUGCUAAAUAUUUACACAGAAGUGAGCCAACGGACGGAGCUGACCACUGACAGCCCACUGUGGGUUGGUGCCUGGUGGAUUGGCUUCCUGGGAGCUGGGAUUGCUGCGUUCCUCAUUGCCAUCCCCAUCCUUGGCUAUCCCCGGCAGCUACCAGGUUCCCAACGCUACGUCAUUAUGAGAGCAGCUGAAACGCAGCAGCUGAAAGACCACAGCCACAGAGCAGUGAGCAAUCCGGCUUUUGGCAAGACUGUCAGAGACCUGCCCCUCUCCAUCUGGCUCCUCCUAAGGAACCCCACAUUCGUCCUGCUCUGCCUGGCAGGAGCUACUGAAGCCACGCUCAUUGCUGGCAUGUCCACAUUCGGCCCCAAGUUCUUCGAGGCCCAGUUCAGCUUGAGUGCCUCAGAGGCUGCCACUUUGUUCGGAUACCUGGUGGUGCCAGCGGGCGGUGGCGGCACACUCCUGGGUGGCUUCCUGGUGAACAGGUUCAAGCUGCGUGGCUCCGGGAUCAUCAGGUUCUGUCUGUUCUGCACCUUGAUCAGCCUGCUGGUCUUCUUGGUCUUCCUCACACACUGCCCCAACGUGCCCAUGGCAGGGGUGACCACUGGUUAUGUUGGGAGCCUCCUGCCUGAAGGCCACAUGGAUCUGAAGGCCGCUUGCAACGCCCUCUACUGCUGCCAGCCAGAGCACUACAGCCCCCUGUGCGGCUCCGACGGCACCAUGUACUACUCUCCCUGCUACGCAGGCUGCCCUGAGGGUGCUGGGACAGACCUGGGUGGCCAGAAGGUAUACCAAGGCUGUAGCUGUGUCCUUGAGGUUCCCUCUGGCUUGGGCAAUGCCACCGCAGGGAAGUGCGCUUCCACCUGUCAGAGAAAGCCCCUCCUUCUGGUUCUGGUGUUCCUUGUAAUUGUCUUUACAUUCCUCAGCAGCAUUCCCGCCCUGACGGCUACUCUACGGUGUGUCUGUGAUCGGCAAAGGUCCUUUGCCCUGGGGAUCCAGUGGAUCGUCGUGAGAACGUUAGGCAGUAUUCCAGGUCCCAUUGCCUUUGGCUGGGUGAUUGACAAGGCCUGCCUGGUGUGGCAGAACCAGUGUGGCCACCAGGGCUCCUGCUUUGUGUACCAGAACGCAACCAUGAGUCGCUACAUGCUCAUUGCGGGACUCCCUUUCAAGGUGCUGGGCUUCCUCUUCUUUGUCGCUGCCUACUUUCUGUACAAGUCCCCUUCAGGGUCCUCAGAUGGCCUGGAGGCCUCCCUGCCCAGCCAGUCCUCAGCCUCUGACAGUCCCACAGAACAGCUCCAGAGCAAUGUCUGACCACUGGCCCCUCCACAUUUCCUGAGGACUCUUCCUGGAAACCCUGACUCCCCCCCCCCCCAUCCUCAUAGGGCGGCAAUGCUGACCCUGAGGACCCUGCAAAACCUCACACUGCAUUCUGGGGCCUCUCACUGUUCAAUACUGUGACUGAGCAGCCUCAGAGACACUAAGGAGGAAGAAGCGUCGCAUAGGAACCAGAAACAUUCCCCAGGCCCUGGAGUCUCUAGGGGUCGCUACAUUUCAUAGACCGUCAGCCACCUGGUCCUGACUUCCUGUGUCUCCUGAGAAGACCCAUGCAGGGCAGCAGUACCCCGGGUGGCAUGAUCCUGUGGAGCCAGCUGUUUGGUGUUUUGCUUGAAUCUGCUUUUACUGCCUGUCCUGGAAGCCUGGUGGCCUCUGUGCUGGGCGGGAGCGACUUGAAUCAUUAUGUCUGGACGUAUAUUUUGCACUGAAAGGCGUUUAUGGAAUCAGUUUUGUACCUGAUCGUGCGACUUGUGUCCAAGCAAACUGCAGUGAGGGUGUGAUCCCAUCUGAGGUGCCACACAGGUUGCGUGGACAAUGCGUUUCUAUGUUUUUUGUUUUUGGUUUUUUUUUGUUUUUUUUUUUUUUUUUUUGGUUAAGAGU